GUACAUCGAGUUGAACGAGUGCGACAUCGCACCCGCGUCCGAUGACGGCACUUUGAAGAGGGACUCGGCGAUUUGCAGGUCCGUCGAGCUCCUCCAGAGGGCCUCCGAGAUGUUUGGGCGGCCGUUCGAGCCCAUGAGCGGCCUCAAGGCCGUCUUGGUCGACGCCGGCUUCGUCAACGUGGUCAUGCGCCAGCACAAGUGGCCGACGAACGCGUGGCCGAGGGACGAGAAGUUGAAAGAGAUCGGGGCGUGGUCGAACGACAAUGUCUGCAGCGGUUGGGAGGCGGUCUGCCUCGCGAACUUGACGAGGGCCCACGGCUGGACCCGGGACGAGGUCAUGGAUCUUGUAGAGCAAUGUCGCAAGGAGUUCUCGGAUACAAGCAUCCAUACAUACUUGUCCAUGUAG